GCCACUCUCUCUAUCUCUGUAGCAAAGUGGCGAGUAGUCAUCCUGUUCGUGCCAGCUUCCGAUUCUGAAGUCUGGAGCCAGAAUACCAACAGGAUGUCGCCAUCCUUUUCGUGAAGGAAGAACUGGAUUAUGUCAUACUGACUCACAAAACAGAGGUUUAGGCUUCGGCCUAUUGCCAACGUGUAUUUUUUUUUUGCUCGUUGUUAUCGGGCUUUCGUUUUUGUACCGGUGCGUCUUUUUUUCCAGUCAGCCUACGACUUUGAUACUGCCCCUGGCAGUUUGAUACUGUCCUGCCAAGUUGAUCCCGUCUUGUAACCAACAGAAGAUCUGCUCGGGGAUUGUUUUUGACCAGCAUACCUGUGGAGCGGACAUCCUCAUUGGUUGCCGCCCGACGCCAGGUGUACGGCCUAUGACGUCACCACCCCCUCCUCUCCCCGGAAAACCCGACCUGCUGGUUAGUCCUGAGCUUUACUCGGCUGAAAGCGGAGCUGCGGAACCGUGGCUGAUAACGGAGCGCGUUUCUGGAGCUCUGAGUGAUGUCUCGCUUCUAAACAAAGGCGUCGUUUUGAACUAGUCGUCAUUGCCGCGGAAUUCUACGGGAGAUAUCCUAUCGUUACAGCCAGCCCGGGGACGGCCGUGUUUGGCGCUGUUGGACGCGCUCUGGUCUGCGGGAUUUUACAGCACAAAGAAGCGCUGGUCACAUCCGUCGGGCGUUUUUUCUGGCGUAGGAUUGUCGGCGAGACUUUGACAAGACUGACUACCGACAAGGAUCCGCAAACUUUUCAGUUGCACGACAAUACACUGCGCACGCCACAUCCUCGGCUGUUCUAGGAAUGGCCCCAAUUCGGUGUCAUAAACCUUUUGUGUGACCUCAACCUUUCCCGCGGCUCCGCCAGGUCACCUGGGCAGGUCUGAAGAGUUCUCUUUUCUAGAACACAAAAACAGCGAUCGGCGAACGAACAUGUCAGCCUUGAACACAACUUGGCCCGGGAACGGUUCUGAUCCCACGGAGGGUUGGAACGGCUCCCUCCCCGGUCCCACAGCCGCGAAGUGCAUCUCCUUCGGUCAGGACGUGGUCAAUGCGUUCGUGGAUUCGUCCUUCGCAAAGGACAAACUGCACGUGGUGGUGUUUCUGGGCGUGGUGUGCGCGCUAGGCACCACGGGAAACCUGCUGGUGAUCCUGGUGAACGCCCGGCGGAAGGACAAGUCUUCGGCCACCAUCUUUGUUUUGACCUUGGCGGUGGUUGACCUCUUCAUCUGCGCCGUGAAGAUUCCCCUGAAGAUCGUGGAGAUGCAGCACGUGACCUACACCAGCAAGGCGUGGUGCAAGUCGAGUCCGUACUUCACACUUGCCAGCCUGCUGAGCUCCGUGUUCCUGCUGACCGCCAUCGCAGUGGACCGCUACCGGGCAGUGGCGCACCCCGUCAAGUACAGGGCCGCCAAGAACAGAAGCGUCCCUGUAGUCUGCGUGCUGACGGUGCUGGCGGGGUUCGUGCUGUCCAUCCCGGCCGUGGUGCUGCAGGACGAGGUUCCGGGAAUCCGCGUGGGCCCGGCCUGCGAGACCGUCAGCUUCUGCAGCAGCGUGGGCGGCGUCACGCACGGCAGGAUCUACUUCGGUGUCACCGCGGCCGUCUUCUUCGCCUCCGUGUUCGCCAUCUUCCUGCUCUACGCGCUGGUUUACAAGCACGUGAUGGACCUGGUGCACCCGCUGCCACAGGGCGCGUCGGUCUGGGCGACGCUGCAGCACCGCUUCCCCCGCCCGGGCGCCGCCGACACCCCGACCCCCUCCGGCCUCAGCCUGGCUACCACCAACCGCCAGGCGUCACACACGGACUACCACCACUCAGGCAACCGGGAAACACCGGGAAAACAUGACCGGGGGGACGAACAGUCGCGGGUCUCCUCUCCUACACCCUCCCACCCAAACUCUGCCUGGACAAGGCCGCCCCCCUCCCACCCCAAUCCUGCAAGUACAAGGUCGCCCCCCUCCCACUGUGACCCUGACCCUGUCAGCACAAGGUCGCCCCCCUCCCACCCCGUGCGCUGGCUGAAGAAGUCGCGGCUGUCCUCCGUGCAGCGGCAGUACCGCGUGGCGAAGCUGCUGCUGCUGAUCACGUCCGUGUUCAUCCUGUCCUGGCUGCCGUACUGGGUCAUCAGUCUGUACGACGUGGACAAGCCGAGCUGGCUGCUGGCCGAGCCAGAACCCGUCCAGAGAACAGUCGUCUUCUUCUCCAACUUCUACUUCAUCAACAACGCCGCCAACCCCGUCAUCUACACCUUCGUGCAGAAGGACUUCAGGGACAGGCUGGCGCUGCUCUUCAAGUGCGCCCGGAACUACAAUGAACCUCCAUGGGCCAAGGACCUGAAGGCAAAACAGAGAUUUGAAGUUUCAAACUUCCUCUGUAAGAUUGAUGUAUCUCAACCUGGAUGGCGUAGAUCUCUGUGGACGGUUCGGUUCUGUACCGCAAGUGUGCCGCGACUCUGCGGAGACUGCUGUGCAGUUCUGGACUGUACUGCGACAGUGCGACGACCGUGUGGCGACCGUGCGACGACCUUGUGGCGAUUGUGCGGCGACUGUGUCGACCACCGUGCGGCGACUUUGCAGCGACUGUGCCGAGACCGUGCGAAGACUGUACUGCGACCGUGUUGUGACCGUGCCGAGAACGUGCGGAGACCGUACCGCGACCGUGCGGCGACCAUGGAGAACGUGACGUGCCUGCCCGUGCCCCAGGACGUUCUGAACGCGCUGCUGGACCGGACCUACGCGCGGCAGAUGCUCCCGGUGAUCGUGUACCUGCUGGUUCUGUGCCCGGUCGGCGCGCUCGGAAACCUGCUCGUCAUCGUCGUGAACGGCGCCCGGAGGAACAAGUCCUCCUCCACCUGCUUCAUCCUGGCGCGCGGGGCCGACUUCCUCAUCUCAGCAGCAGUCGUGCCCAUGAAGGUCUUCUCGUACUACCAUAUCACCUACACCAGCACCGCCUGGUGCAAGAUCAACCCGUACCUGACCACAGCCAGCGUUCUCUCCUCCACCUUUCUGCUCAUCGCCAUCGCUGCAGACCGCUUCUACGCCGUCUACUGGCCUGUACAGUACCUCGCUGUAAGGAAGGGCCGAGUUCUGGCCGCCAUUGCCGGCACCCUGUUGCUAGGCGGGGUCGUUGCUAUACCGGUGGUGUUGGAUUACCAGGUGGUGGGCGGGAUACGGGUCGGACCGGCAUGCACCUCGGUCAGCCAGUGUUACGUCACGGACAGCACCAAUGUCACCGUGCUGUUCAUCGUGACAGCAGUGCUGUUCUUCCUGUCCGUGCUGAUAAUGGCAGUUCUAUACGCCUUGGUGUACUACCGAGUGUCGCAGCUGGCGGCGGGCAUCCCGGGGCAGUCGGCCGUGGGCCCGUGCCUGGGCAGCGGGUGUGCGUGGCGGGGCGCUCGGGGCCGCAGGCAGGACCCUCCCGCCACCAGCACCUCGGACAUCGCGCUGCGGGACGUGCGGGGCCGGGCCCAUGCCUCGCGCGGCGGCCGGAAGAACCGGCACGGCAACUCACAACAACAGGUGCAGGAAGAGCCUCCGUCAUCCUGUACGUACAAGUCUCCACCAACUCCGGCAUCUUUCUCUCAGGCAUCGCAGCAUCAGCAGGCUCCCUCGGCCUCCCCACCGCCCUCGGCCUCCCCAGUGCCCUCGGCCUACCCACCGCCCCAGCAUCCGCCCUCGGCCUCGGCGGCGACCCACCGUCACUACCGCGUGGCGAAGCUGCUGCUGCUCGUCACGCUGGUGUUCGUGCUGUCCUGGCUCCCGUUCUGGGUGCUGAGUCUGUACGAGGUGGCGCACCCCGGGUAUCUGGCGGGAAAACCCACUGCGCUGGUCCAAGCCGUGGCGCUCAUCAACGACUUGUACUUCGUGAACAACGCGGCGAACCCGAUCAUAUACACCUUCGUGCAGAAAUCCUUCAGGCAGAGGGUCAUGAGGCUGUUCCGCUGCUGCAGGUGCUGGUAGGGCUAGCUGUGCUCGGGGAUACACACAGGACACGAUUGCUUGGUGGCAAUCGGUGGUGAUCAUGAAAUGUCUGCCUGUCAGGCUGGGCGGACGACUUGUGACGGUUCACGGUACACUUUUCGGACUAUUCCAUGUGAGGAAAUGCGAAGAGGAAAAGAAGGCCUACAUCAGACCACACCAAACAUCCCAGGACGGGGGACGGUAUAGACUUCCUGAUACAAACAGGCCACAGCCAUCAGUGGUAAAAAACCUCCUCGGACGACUUGUUGUGGUUCGCGGUAAAAACUGUUUCACGUGAGGAAAUGCGGAGAGGAAAGGAAGGCAUUCAUCGGAUCAGACCGCAGAUGCCAGAACCGGGGGACGUUAUAGACUUCCUGUCACUUUUGGCUGACCACUGACGUCACGUGUCGUUAGUUCACGUGUUACCAUGUGAUUGGUCAUUUAAGAUCCUCAGGAAGUCUGCAUGCACUAAGGUUAUAGAACGUCCGAUCCUGUAUGUAUGGCAGGUUACACGUAACGAUGUGUACAUGUAGAUGUGGGCUAUAGGCCUCUCUAAGCGAAAUGUACAAAGAGGCGAGAGGCGUUAAUUAACGUCCAUAUAAACUAUAUUUGUAUAUAAAUAAUAAAGCAGACGCUACAAGCAGCCUGUUCUAAGACUGCAAAAUGUCAGCGAUAGCCGUAUUUAUCUCUGUUCAGUCUUGAGUCAGUCCUAGCAAAUCCGGGUCCAGGAGAAAAUGCUCCUGUUAUUUCCCGGCGACCCUCCUUAUCCGGAGUCCAUUAAAAACCACUCACAACACCACCGGGCGCCGCGCUGUUACGGCUGUUGACUGAGUCGCCCACUUGUGCCCCUCACUAGCCUCAAGUACCAACACGUUUUACGACAUUUGCAGUUUUACAGCCCUCAUAAAGAGCCUCUUCGUCGUUACCCGGCAACAGGCCGGUUUCUGGGUCGGCUCCGUGGAACUGUCAGGUUUCAGUUGUUUUAUUCUCACAAGUAGCUUCACCACAUCAACCUCAGCUUAAUUAAACGAGCGAAGAGACUAACAAAGGAAGAAACAUUCUGCUUCGAAACGUUCUCUAUUAUACAGUAUGUGUCUGUGUGCGUG